AUGUCUAUAGUGCCAAAACAGAUUCUUGCCUCAGCCGGUGGCGAGUUCUCGGCAAAUACAACGCUGAACGAGUUUAUCCGUCGGCAUGCUGAGCUCCGUGGUACCAAGUACAUGUGCCUGGAGGGCGGGUGCGGCGCGUGCGUCGUCAACGUGCGCGCUGUUAACGCCGGCACCAACGAGCUUGACACAUUCUCUGUCAAUUCUUGCUUGGUGGCAAUUAUGUCCUGCGACGGUUGGGACAUAACUACCGUUGAAGGUAUCGGCAACAGAAAAGAAGGCUACAAUGUAAUACAGACACGUCUCAAUAAUUUCUUUGGAACACAAUGUGGAUAUUGCAGCCCAGGGUUUGUCAUGAACAUGUACAGCCUCGUCAAGGGUAGUGACAGACAUCUUACUGAAGCGGAAAUAGAAAACUCUUUCGGUAGCAACUUGUGUCGUUGCACUGGUUACCGUCCGAUUUUGGAAGCCUUCAAAUCCUUUGCAGCGAAUCCGAAGACUGAGAUCUUGAAUAAAAUCAAAGACAUUGAAGAUAUUAAUGAUUUAGUUUGUCCAAAAUCUGAAUUACCUAAGAAAAUAAAACUGGACGAUGGUAGGCUGUGGGUUGCAGUUAGCAACAUUAAGUCCAUAUUCAGAGUUUUAGACGAAGUUGGUUACAGUUCCUACAUGCUAGUAGCUGGCAAUACCGGGAAAGGAGUAGUGCCUAUAUUAUUUUAUCCAAAAAUUUUGAUUGACAUAACCAACAUCACUGAACUGCGGACGCAUUAUAUAGAUAUUAACUUAGUUCUAGGCGCUAGCACUACUUUGACUGAUACUAUGAACAUUUUCCACGAACUAUCCAAGACAAAGGAAAACUUUUGGUACUUAAAGAUUUUAUACGAGCAUUUAGACAGAGUUGCUCAUAUUCCUGUGCGUAAUAUUGGGACCCUUGCUGGCAAUUUAGUAGUGAAACAUGAUCAUCCUGUCUUUCAGUCCGAUGUAUUCCUUCUGCUUGAUUGUGUAGGAGCAACAAUUACACUAGUCGAUCGUAAUCAAAGACAAACUGAAGUGACUCUGCCGCAAUUUUUAGAAACAGAUUUAAAGGACAAAGUUUUAACCCAGAUCAAAUUGCCACCUUUGAACAGAGACUAUGAAAUUGUGACGUAUAAGGUAGCGGCUAAGGAGCAAAACGCUCAUGCACAGGUGAACUCUGGAUUCUUUUUUAAAUUUAACCGCAUAAACAAUAAAAUAGAUGAAGCCAGAAUUGUAUACGGUGGAAUAACUCCAACAUUUACACAUGCAUACGAGACAGAAAACUUUUUAAUUGGGAAUAAUAUUUUCUGCAACGAAGUGUUGCAAAGUGCCCUGCGUAUUUUAGAAGGAGAAAUUAAUCCGAACGUUAAUCCACCCGAACCAUCGCCUUUCUACAGAAGAAAAGUGGCACUAGGAUUGUUUUACAAGGCUGUAGUAAGACUUUGUCCUAAAGACAUACUGAAACCCUUUUACGCGUCGGCUGCAACAACUUCCUAUGAAGACCGUCCUCCAGUCAGUCGCAGCUACCAGGAAUAUGACACAGAUAAAAAAGAUUAUCCGAUAACUCAACCACUUCUAAAAAGAGAAGGGUUGAUUCAAUGUUCUGGAGAGGCUGUGUACAGUGAUGACAAUCCAAAGAUUAAAGAUGAGGUUUUCGCGUCAUUUGUGCUAUCAACGGUGGCGAAGGCUCAUAUUGAGUCUAUUGAUAGCUCAGAGGUUUUGCUACAUACUACAGUGACGAGGCCAGUGGAUCAAGGAUAUGAAGUUUACAGUGCAGCACAAUAUAUGGAUAUCACUCAAGCUGCAAUAGCUCAAAUUCUGAACAUACAAGAGAGUUCAGUUGUGGUGCAAACACGGAGGUGCGGUGGUGCAUUUGGAUGCAAAAUAGCCAGAAACAACUUCGCCGCUUGCGCUACUGCACUGGUGGCGUGGAAGCUAGACAAACCAUGUCGUAUGGCAAUGCGAUUGCCUCACAUAAUGCGAGUUACUGGGAAACGUCCGAACAAUAUUCUUGAUUAUGAGGUAGCCGUAGACGAUAAAGGAGAGAUCCAGUACCUCGAUUCAACUUUCUAUAUAAAUGAUGGGAAUUCAUCUAAUGAAAAUGAGAACACUUAUGCUACAGAUUCGUUACAAAACUGUUACGAUUCAAGGCGUUGGAAAGUAGAUUCUUUUGCAACGAUCACUGAUGCUCCAACUAACUGCUUUAUGCGAGCUCCAGGAGGUUUUCAAGGAAUAUCUGCAAUCGAACAUAUCAUGGAACACAUAGCAGCCGAAAUACAAAGGAAUCCGAUAUCAGUACGAAUGGCUAACUAUAGAAAAGAUGACAAUCCCCUUCCCGAGUUGGUGCCGAUGUUCAUGGAACGAGUAGAUUUCAAGAAAAGAGAACAAGAAGUAAAAGAAUUCAAUGCCAAAAAUCGUUGGAAAAAACGGGCAAUCAAAUUGACUAACAUGUCAUUUCCAACCCAAUAUCUUGGGAACUAUGGUGCAUUAGUGUCUGUAUAUCACGGAGACGGGAGCGUGGUCGUUAACAUAGGUGGCAUUGAAAUUGGGCAGGGAAUAUUUACUAAAAUAGCCCAGACAGCAGCUAACGAAUUUUGUAUCCCAGUCGGAAAGGUCUCGGUAUUGUCCAGUCUAAAUUUUGCUACACCUAACAAUUUCGCAACGGGAUCGAGUAUCACAUCGGAAUGUUGUUCUUAUGCUGUCAUGAGGGCAUGCCAACAAAUAGUUGCUAGAUUAGCGCCAGUGAGAUUAGCCAUGCCAAACGCUACUUGGAAGGAAGUAGUUUUCGAAGCUGAUAGAAGAGGAAUCCUACUUCAAGCAAAUUACCAGACAAGUGAAAACGACCCAGGACUGCAAAACUAUUCCAUUUUCGGAAUAGCUGUGAUUGAAGUGGAAAUAGACGUUUUAACCGGCACAAAAUGGAUCGUCCGGGCUGAUGUGUUCGAAGAUACCGGACGAAGUAUUAAUCCGGCCAUAGACGUGGGGCAGGUGGAAGGUGCGUUUGUUCAAGCAUUGUCGCUAUGGACAAUAGAAGACAUUGUUUACAACGAACAUAGUGGUGAACUUUACACUGACCGUACUUGGAAUUAUCAUAUUACUGGAGCGAAAGAUAUACCGCAUGAUUUUAGAGUUUAUUUAAGGCGCAGAGCACCGAACCCUGUUGGUAUUUUAGGAUCAAAAGGUGUUCCUGUUACUGCCGAAAGUGUUGUUAAGGCGGCCGAUACAAAGAUUGAGGAAUAUUUACUUUAUUAA